UGUAUAAAAACAUAAUAUUCAUAUACAGAUAUUGAAUUCUCAUGAAAAAAUAAGACAUUUAAGACAUUUUCAUAUAACAAAUAAAGAAGAAAUGUGAAAGAGAGGAUGAUUGUUGGUUAAUGAAUAAUGAUAAAGAAAUAGUGGAUUAUUGCAAAUUGUAUAAUCAAAUUUUGAUUAGAAAUAAGCUUCCGGUAAAUAUACCAAUCGCGAUACUCGAUAUUUGUAUUAUUUCUAUUUGAGCAGUAAAUUUGUGGAAUGUGAAAAUCAAUAAAUCCAUGUAUUAUUUUACUCACAAUUAAAACACAAAAUAAAAAGAACUGUGGUUGGAAAAGAGGUUAGGUAGUUUAACCUAUGAUUUCAGAAAGUGCGAAAUGCGUGUACAAUUAUUUUGUAUUGUUAAACACGAUUAGAACGAGAAAUAUCAAAUAAAUAUCCAAAUAUUGAAUAUAUAUUAUAAAUAUUAUAAUUUUGUUAUUUUCUCUGGUAUAUAUACAUUCUAAUCACAUUGAACAUUGUUUGAUGGCAAUAAGAAAAUGGGAAGCAUAAUAGGCAUACGAUUCUGUGGUAAUAUUCAAUUAAGAAAUUAUGCAAUAGUCCCAACAUUAAGACCAAUAAAAAGCUGUAUAUAUCACUGUUUAUUAAAUAAAGAGAUGCAUCAUCUUAAGAGCCAGCAAAGAUUUCUAUGGAUCAUUCGACAUGGUGAUAUUUUAAAUUUUUCAUUUGCCAAUUGUAUCAAAGUGAAUAAUUCGAGAGAUUUUUCUAUGACCUGUGUAUUGGCAAAAGGCAAAGACCGUGGCAAAGAUAAAAAGAAGCAGAAGGCACAGCAUAUUGAUUAUAAUGAGAUGGAACAAGUUGUUGAUGUCAAUAAGCUAACAUCUCAAUUGGAAAAGUCUAUUGAAAUCUUGAAAAAUGAUUUUGUCAAGUAUUUGUCAAUGAGAUCGACUGUGGGUGCUAUUGAAGAAUUAUCUGUCAAGUUUGAGGGAAAAGAUUACACAUUGCAAGAGCUUGCACAGAUUAGUCGUAAGCCCAAACUAAUAGUAUUGAAUAUAUCUACUUUUCCACAAGCUAUUCCAAAUAUUUUGACAAGCCUCACAAAAAAUCAGAUGAAGCUAAAUCCGCAACAAGAUGGGACUACAAUUUAUGUUCCUAUUCCCAAAGUAACAAAAGAACACAGAGAAAGCUUAUCUAAAAAUGCAAAGAGCUUUUAUACAAAAUGUUGCAACAAUAUUAGAGAAAUACGCAACAAUCAAAUUAAGGCGGUAAAGCAAAAAGAAGGAUUAGCCAAAGACUCAAUAUUUAGGAUAGAAAACUAUAUAGAUAUUCUCAGUAACCAGUAUGUAAGUAAAGCUGAACAAUUGCUGGAAACCAAACAGAAAGAAUUGUUAGGUGAUCCUGAAUAAACUUCUCUAGACUUAACUAUUUGUACUUUUGAGAAUGAAUUAUUAUAUUGUUAAUUGCUGCAUGUAUAAAAUAUUUAAUUAUAUAAUAAAAGAAAAAAGCGACACAUACUUAUAUAUACUCAUUCUAAUGAAUUAUAAUGAUAUAAUUAAAAAGAAAAUUUAUAUUGCUAUUGAAAAUAUAAAUGUAAUUUGUUUUUUUAAGACAAUAGUAUCUUAUGUGAAUCGUAUCAUUAUAAUAAUAAUUUUAUGAAAAUUACGACUAACAAUAAGAUUAUGAAGGUCUACUUUUAGAAGUGAUUGAUAUUCAUUUGAAUUGUUGUAAUGUAUAUUCUGAUUAUGCAAGUUUGUUGAAAAAGGAUGCUUAGUGAUAAUGAUCAAUGAAGUAUGUGCGAAUAAAAUUUAGAUUUUUUUAAA